CCUGACUCCAUACCUGACAUGCUCUCAGCACCGCAUCAAUGAGAGGCUUCAAACUCGCCUGCACUGCCAGUAACCGGAGUUCCCCUGCUUGCUCUCCGGUUCUGCGGAAGCGUUGUCAAUCUCCCAUUCUGCAGAACUUAGAGACGGAUAUUAUGGUGGAGAAAGGCUCAGAGCACUCGGACAUCUCCAAGUCUCCAUCCACCCCUGAGCAGCUGGUCACACGCACUUUCUCUGGGCAGUCAACACGAAGCGGGGCCAAGAACUCCAAGAAAAGCCAGAGCUGGUACAACCAUGAGAGACAGCACAUCCUCAGAGUCCUCAGUCCCACAUAUAAACAACGCAAUGAGGAUUUCAGGAAGCUGUUCAAGCAGUUGCCAGACACAGAACGUCUUAUUGUGGACUACUCAUGUGCUCUGCAGCGGGAUAUUCUCCUGCAGGGGCGCCUCUACCUCUCUGAAAACUGGAUCUGUUUUUACAGCAACAUCUUUCGCUGGGAGACGCUGCUUACAGUACGGCUGAAAGAUAUCUGCUCCAUGACCAAAGAAAAGACAGCACGUCUCAUUCCCAAUGCCAUCCAGUUAUGCACAGACACUGAUAAGCACUUUUUAACAUCAUUUGGUGCGAGGGAUAGGACCUACAUGAUGAUGUUCAGACUUUGGCAGAAUGCACUGUUGGAAAAGCCCCUCUGCCCUAAAGAGCUCUGGCACUUUGUACAUCAGUGUUAUGGCAAUGAGCUGGGCCUGACCAGUGACGACGAAGACUAUGUGCCCCCUGAUGAUGAUUUCAACACCAUGGGGUACUGUGAGGAAAUCCCAGCAGAGGAGAAUGAGGUCAGUAAUGAUAACUCAUCUAAGAGCAGUAGUGAGAACAAACCAGACAACAGUUCUCCUCCAGCACACAAGAGAUCCAUCACCCACUCCACCAUCACCUCCACCACUCCUCCCAGCAGCACUGAUACACCAUUGUCUUUUGAGAUUCCUGCUGAGGAAUACACAGACUGCCUUCCUGAUGGCGAUCUGCUGCCACUCCCUCUGCUGUUUGAGGAGGGGAACUGCGAACCGGUCAGCCCUCUGGGUCCUUUGCCCUCACCUGCCCUCGACUUCAACGACAAUGAGGAUAUACACACUGACCUCAGUGAUUCCUCAGAAACACAUGAUGAAGUUGUUGAAGUGCAAGCAUUUCAUGAGGACCUGAACGGCCGUCAGUACAUUAACGAGGUGUAUAAAUUCAGUGUUGAUAAGCUGUAUGCCAUUCUCUUCACCGAGUCCCAGUUCAUGACAGACUUUAUGGAGCAGAGGAGAUUCACCGAUGUGGUGUAUCACCCCUGGAAGAAGGAGGAUGCUGGAAACCAAACGAGGGAGAUCAUGUACACUAUCUCCCUCACCAACCCAUUGGCCCCCAAAACAGCUACUGUUACUGAGACUCAGACCCUAUAUAAGGCCAGCCAGGAGAGCGAGUGCUACAUCAUUGACGCGGAGGUCAUUACUCAUGAUGUACCAUAUCAUGACUACUUCUACACCAUAAAUCGCUACAUGCUUACACGUGUGGCCAAGAACAAGUGUCGGCUGAGAAUUUCUACAGAGCUGAGGUACAAAAAACAGCCAUGGGGGUUGGUGAAGGGCUUCAUUGAAAAGAACUUCUGGAGUGGACUAGACGAGAACUUUAAAAGCCUCGAGCUGGAGUUGGCUAAGAUGGAGGACGCUAUAAUAGAUACUCACAGGCCAUCUCCUAAAGCUAAAGCAGUGAGGAACUCCUCCCUGAGGCGGAGAAAAAGACCCCUCACCCAUCUCCGCACGGCCCUUCUCGAUGAGACCCUCAGCCCCGUUUCAACGCCAACAGACGAGGAGGUUAUCCACCGCAUCAAACACGUGGCAGGUUCCACUCAGACAAGACACAUUCCUGAGCACAUGUCAGGGGGCGGGGUUUUCUGCAACCUCUCCAAACCAUUACUCUUCAUCAGCUUUGUUCUGGUGCUGCUGAUUUUACUUAAUAUGAUGAUGUUCUAUAAACUCUGGAUGCUGGAGUACUCUGCUCAGAGCCUCACCAGCUGGCAGAGUUUACACCUACAUGAAAGUAAACUACCGCAGACACAAAUGGAAUGGGCACAGCUCUUAGAGUCCCAGCAGCGAUACCAUGAUGCCGAGCUGCAGAAAUGGAGAGAGAUCAUUAAAACAUCAGUACUGUUAUUGGAUCAGAUGAAGGACUCAUUGCUGAGCCUACAGAAAGGCUUGGGUCUACGAGAUUAUAACUCAGACUCAGAAGAGAAGAGGAGUUGAUAUUACUGACAAUUACCCUCCAGGCCACCAGGGCGUGCUGUGCAAUGUAGAGCCACGUAUGUGAG